AUGGGACAUCCAGCCGGUGCGCGCAAUAAGCGACCACUUCGAGCGCGCAACGCAAUGAGUUAUGGCGCCAGUUAUGAUUUAGCAUCGCGGCGGAAGAAUGCAACGCGUGAGUCCACAGCGACGUUAAAGGCCUGGCUUAGCGAGCACAAGAAGAAUCCGUACCCAACCAAAGGCGAGAAGAUCAUGCUGGCCAUUAUCACCAAAAUGACGCUGACGCAGGUGUCCACGUGGUUUGCGAAUGCGCGCCGCCGCCUAAAGAAGGAGAACAAAAUGACUUGGGAGCCAAAGAACCGAACCGAGGACGAAGAUGAAGACGCGCUGGCCUCGGACGACGAGAAGCAACGCCAUGUGGAGGAUGGCUGCGUGGAGCGAAGGCGACAUAUCGGCGUGGAAUACGCAGGCGGCGCCAUAAGCGUUUCAAUCGGUAACAAUGUACCAGUGGCAACCAAUGCAACGGCAGUGGCGGCGGCGACGCCUGGCGCAGGUGUCGUGGAUAGUGGCGCGAGUAGUGUGGGCGCAACAAAUGCGGCUGCGGCUGCGGCUGCGGCGGCAGCAGCGUCGGCGGCGGCGGCGAACCAUCAUCCGCAUGUCGGCGUGGCAGGCACAGGCGCGAGUGUGGGCGCAGUCGGUGCAGUGCAGUCGGCGAAAGAUCUCUAUCAGCAUCCUCAACAGUAUUCACGGAAUCUCUUCUACACCAAUAGCGGUAGUGUUGGUAAUAGCAACCAUAACGGCAGCGGUAGCAGUAGCAGUUUGCACGCGCAUUUUCCACAUUUACAGCAGCAACAACAACAACAACAACUGCAUCAACAUUCCCAGCAACAUCUGCAGCAACAAUCAGCGCUAUCUGCGCUUUCGCAACAUGUUGCCGAAAGUGCGAUAUGGCAACAUCAACAUCAUCAACAUGCACGUCCAUCGCAUUUGCAGCAAUAAUAGGAAAUGUUGCUUGAUGUUGGAUGUUUGGUAGUGUGAAAGUGGGCAAGUGGGCAAGUGGGCGUAUGUGCAUAUAUGUAAACCAAAUACAGACAAACAAUACAAACCAGCUUGUAAUUAACUACAUAUAAGAAGCUGGAAUCCCUAUGAAUCCUUUAAAAAAAAAUGGCAAAAGAAAGAAGAGCAAAUGUAUCCAAUUGUAAUUCAAGCGAAAAACUUAUUGCAUUCUGAGUAUUUAUAACAUAAUUAACAAAGUAAACAAUUCAAGUGCAGUAAUAGAAAUUUGUAAGAAAAUAAAUUGUAUAAAUAUUAAGUUUACCAUUUUUAAUAAAAUAUGCAUAAUAUGUGGACAU